CUAGAAAUCAGAACAGAACCCUCUAAAAGAACUCCCCCAAAUUAGGGUUUAUAAAAGUCCAGAUUAUUUUCCGAUUUUCCAUCUUUUCUACAUCAUUCGCACCCUAAAUCUCUCAAAUCAAAACCCUUUACCUCACUUCUGCAAAUCACUCUGUUAAUUUCACCCUCAUCAAUCUAGCAAUCACAGCAUCCAUGGCGAAAUUAGGCGAAGGAGACAGUCGCUGGAUUGUAAAAGACAGACCAGACGGUACAAACGUACAUAACUGGCACUGGGCAGAAACUGAUUGUCUAGAAUGGUCAAAGAAUCUCCUCAACAAACUUCUCUCAAAUCUCACAAUCUUAGACGGCGAAUCGAAUCUCUACAUCAAGACCAAAAAAGUGGAUAUCGUCACCGGAGAAGCGUACGUGAAUGUCCGGAAAGGUAAAAUCAUCCCAGGUUAUGAACUUGAUAUAACUUUGAGUUGGAUUGGUGAGGCUAAGGGUAGUGAGAAUGAAUCUCUGAUGAAAAUCGAAGGGCAAGUUCAUAUUCCUUAUUUAGCUGAUGAGAAUGCUGAUGAAGAUCCUGAGAUUAAGGUGAAGGUGAAAGAGGAUGGGACUGAGAUUGGGAAGAGAUUGAAGGAUGCUUUUGUUGCGAAAGGGGUGCCGGUUGUGAAAGAGAAAGUUAGGGUUUAUGUGCAGAGUAUGGCGAAAGGGGGGCCGUGUAAGGAUGAAUUGGAAGUGAAGAAGACGAAUGUGGCGAAAUCUGCGACUGCGAGGGCGAAUACUGCUGCGGCGGCACCUGCUGUGAAGAAGGAUGUUGCUAUUGCUGCUGCAGCUACUAGUGAGAAGAAGAAGGAAGGGAAGAAGGGGUUUAAGAAGAUUACUUUGAAAGAGAAGUAUAAUUGUAGGGCAAAGGAUUUGUUUGAGAUUUUGAUGGAUGAGAAUAGAUGGAAGGGUUUUACGCAGAGUAAUGCGAAGAUAAGUAAGGAAGUUGGUGGGGAGUUUAGUUUGUUUGAUGGGUCUGUUAUUGGGACUAAUUUGGAACUUGAAGAUGGGAAAUUGAUUGCUUGGAAAUGGAGGUUUGGGAAUUGGGCUGAUGGAAUUUACUCUACGGUGAGGAUUACAUUUGAUGAGCCUGAAACUGGAGUUACUGUGAUCAAUUUGGUGCAUGCUGAAGUUCCUGAGGAAGACAGAUAUGGGAAUGCAACUGUGGUGGAGAAUACAGAAAGAGGCUGGAGGGAUCUCAUCUUUGGCCGGAUUCGGGCAGUGUUUGGGUUUGGAAUGUGAUUUAAGUCUAUUUCUUCCCAUGUAGCAUUUUACAUCGUAUUCUGCAUUAGUUCUGCAAAAUGAUUUCUGGAAACUUCUGAAACUUUUUUUUAUUUUUUUAAUCUAAAAAAGUACUCAGGACAAGGAUUUUUAUCAAUCUAGUGCACAUUUUCUUGGUGCAUGUAAAGAUUAGCCCUCCCAAAGGGGUGUAAAGAUUAUUUAUGGAACAUGUGUUGCACUUAUUUUUCGUGAAAAUGUCCCACUAUGCUUGUGUGGAAUGGCAUAACCCAUGCAAGUGAACUUUGCUGUUGAAAUAACAUCACAACUGUUUUCAUUCA